UCUGCACAGUGUAAGUCCGAGUCACAGCCGCCUGGAAGGAACAUACUUGGUUAAAUUCAUCUCCGGUAAAUCCCCCAUUGUGCAAGCUGUAGUGACGGCAUCAACGAAAAAGUCAUGCCACUUUUUUCGUCCUCCUAUUUGCCAUGCUCCCUUCACUGCCACCAGCUGUCACACCGGGCCAGCGUUAGACGGCUGGCGGGCACUUCUGGUGGCAAGCAUUUAUAUCAUUAUCCCCCAUCGAUGCAUGUUCCUUUGAAUCACUUAUUUGUUUCCCAACUUCCUAAUCAACGUUUCCAAUUUACUCAAAUUAAAACACCCUACAACUAAACCAACUCCAAAUAACCAACCUCAUCAUGGGAUCCGGCUGCUGCUCCAAGGACGGAUCCGGCGGCGAUCAGGUCAACCCUACCGAUCAUGGCCAUGAUCACAGCACCCCAAAACAAGGCCAUGAUCAUGGAGAGGCCCAAGAGACUACUCAUAUACACUGUGACGGCGAUGCUCCCUGCGACGAACAAAGCCAAAUCUGCAUGGAUACGGAAUGCUGCGACAGUGACGACAGUUGCAGCGAAUCCGCCACACUUGCAUGCUGCGACUCCAACGACGAACGCUGCGACGAAAAGUGUAUCAUUGCAGCUGCUGCUAUUGAAUGCGAAAAGGCCUGCGAAAGCAGCUCUGAGAAUGGCAACUCGUCCCACGACCACCAACACGACGACCACGGCCACCAUCUCAACACUGCUUGCAGCACACACUUGACGAGAGCAUUCGACCAGUACACUGCGUAUCUCGAACAGGCUCGCUGUAUCUGCCGAGGCAUCUUGGAACGCGGAUGGGCUAAAAGCUGCUGCGACAAGCAAGCCAAAACUAGCGAGGCUACCACGACGACCCAGCAUCAUGGUAAAUCCACUGGGCGAUCGGCCAAGGGUUCCCACCAUCACCACCAGGUUAGGCGCCGUGGAAAGAAGGUUGAAUCCCACCACCAGGACGAGAAAGACGAUGGUUGUACCACUACCCAGGUUGAGAUUGCCGCUCCUGCGUAUAACGCAGAAUACGGAGGAGAUCUCGAAAAGGCAGCCAACUUGGAGCAUCUUGUUCUGCACGUUGAGGGCAUGACCUGUUCUGGCUGCGGAAACAAGAUGGAAAAGACGCUUAAGAGUCUCCCAGGUGUUUCUGCAGUCCGAGUCAAUUUCGUCAUGGGCAGUGCGGAGUGCAACUACGACGGUGCUAUGACGACAGCCGAAGACAUCAUUCGUGCUUCUGAGCGCGGCACUGGUUUUAAAUGCACGACGCUCACUAGUGACGAUCAAACGCUUGACAUUUUGGCCUCAGGAAACGAUGCAAAAGCUCUCUUGGACCUCACUUACGAUGGCAUCACUCAGGUCGUUAUUCUUAACAAGAAAACGGUUCGAAUAAGCUAUGACCCGACCAUUGUGGGCGCUCGAACGCUACUUGCGCGCAUCAAACCACUUUCAGAGGGACUUGCACCUCCACGAGACGACCCGUCUAUUUCCAGCGGCAGAAAACGGUUGUACGACCAGCUUAUCAAGACAGUCGUCUCUGCCAUUCUGACCAUCCCGGUUGUGGUGCUGGCCUGGGGCGAUACGCUUAUUGAUGAGACUACACGCGCUUAUAUUUCAAUCGUGUUGGCUACCCUCGUCCAACUCAUCGCUAUUCCCGAUUUCUACCGUCCUGCCAUCUCUGCUCUCGUGCAUACUCGUACCAUUGAGAUGGACAUGUUGGUCGUCAUCAGCAUCACGGCGGCGUACGUGUAUUCUAUCGUUGCCUUUGGCUUCCGUAUGGCUGGAAGGCCGCUGGAAACGUCGGAGUUUUUCGAAACCAGCACGCUCCUCAUCACUCUCGUCAUCUUGGGUCGUCUAGUUGCUGCUUUUGCAAGAGUGCGAGCUGUCGCUGCAGUGUCACUUCGAUCUCUGCAAUCUGCUACUGCCACGAUUGUUGAAGAUGGGAAAGACACCGAGAUGGACGCCAGGUUACUGCAGUACGGCGACAAAUUCAAGGUUGGGCCUCAUUCCGUGGUGCCAACUGAUGGUAUCGUCAUCACUGGCUCUAGCGAGGUUGACGAGUCUAUGCUUACGGGAGAAAGUGUGCCAGUGUUCAAGAAGAAUGGUGACUCCGUCAUUGCUGGCACAAUCAACGGCUCGGGCACGCUAGUUGCUCGGUUGACGCGACUCCCAGGUAAAAACACCGUUACUGACAUUGCUCAGUUGGUUGAGGAGGCAGCAAACUCGAAGCCAAAGUUGCAAGACAUUGCGGAUCGCGUCGCGAGUUGGUUCGUCCCCAUUGUUACUGCCGUGGCCGUCGUGGUGAUCAUUGUUUGGCUUGCAGUUGGCAUCAAAGUCAGACACUACAACACUGGUCAGGCAGUGUCCAACGCCAUCACCUAUGCCGUCGCUACUUUGGCAGUUUCUUGCCCCUGCGCUCUUGGUCUUGCUGUCCCCAUGGUUUUAGUGGUUGCUGGUGGCAUCGCAGCACGCAACGGCGUCAUCAUCAAGUCGGCCGACUGCACUGAACGAUCUCGCAAGGUUACCGACAUUGUUUUUGACAAAACCGGAACCAUCACUGAAGGCGAACUCGACGUUGUGGACCAGGAGUAUUUUCUUCCCGAUGACAAUGAGGCACAAGCAAUCACCAAGGCCCUCGUUGCUGGAAACAAGCAUCCCGUCUCGCUAGCCGUUGCCAAGCAUGUCCAGAACUGCCCAUCUACGGCCAUCAUUGAAGAUGUCCAUGUCAUUCCAGGUUCCGGUGUUGAAGCAGCAGUGUUUGGAUCUAAGCUCCGCGCCGGUCAUCCCAAGUGGACUGGAACAGAAAGCCACCAUUCGGUUCAGCGACUCCUUUCUCAAGGUAUGACAAUUCUGGCUAUCACCCGGGAUGACCGACCAAUUGCCAUUUAUGGUUUGCGCACUCGCCUGAGAGCUGAGGCGAAGAAGGUUAUUUCCCAACUUUCUCGCCGCAAGAUCAACCUGCACAUCGUUUCCGGCGAUCAGAGACAGGCUGUCGAGAGCGUUGCUGGCCAAGUUGGAAUUUCAAGCUUUGCAGCUCAAUGCACUCCAUCGGAGAAGCGUGACUACGUUGCAGGUCUCAUGGCUGAGGGCAAGAAUGUCAUGUUUGUUGGCGAUGGAACAAAUGACGCCGUGGCUGUUACGCAAGCCGACGUCGGGGUCCAAAUUGCCAGCGUCUUGUCUGCCAGUGAUGUCACCCGCGGUGCUGCCGACGUGGUUCUUCUCAAUGGUUUGGAGGGUAUUCCAUUCCUUUUGGAGAUUAGCCGGGUCAGCUUCCGUCGCAUGGCCUUCAACUUUGGCUGGUCUGCUGUGUACAAUGUGCUGGCUAUUCUGCUCGCAUCUGGUGCAUUCGUUAAUGUACGUAUUCCACCUGCGUAUGCUGGCUUGGGCGAAAUUGUUAGCGUUUUGCCUGUUAUCUUUGCUGCUUCGACGAUGCUUUUCACCAAGAUCAAGAUUGACGCCUAAGGACUUGCUGCGGAUGGCUUCAUUCCCGACGAAGCUAGCGAGCUACGGAUUCGGUAUUUGAAUUUUCAAUAUAUGCAGAUAGCUGUUCUCGUAAUCAAUUGAGUAUCUUCAACGC